CCCCCCCGGCCUGUGUGGACUUUGCGUGGCUUUUCUCCGCCUUCCUCCCACAUCCCAAAAACACACGUUUCAUAAAAGUGGCCCCACGGUGCAGAUUGCGAGCGCGACCCGUCUGUCUUAAUGUGCCCUGCGAUUGGCUGGCGACCAGUUGAAAAGUCCAAAAGUAGCCAAGAUAGGCGCCGUCAGUACGCACGCCCACAAGAUGCCACAGGAAAUCAGUCGAUGCAUUUUCACUUCAACAUGGACUGAAAAUGUGUAUCAUGCAUGUAUUUAUUUUCUCAGUGUAGGGUUAGUACAUCGCGCCAUCGUGCGGCCUCGCUCUCUUUUUGUUGUUGUGUUUUCCGUGCCGUUGUCAUUGAGGUGCGCCACUCUUAAAACCGGGAGUGUGUGCUCAGCGUUUGCGCUUCGUCCUCGCUAACCCGAUUAAAACCAGAUCAGUAACACGAGCGCCGGAUUAGGAUUAGGUCGCAUCGGGGUCACGCCGAUGGAACAUGAUGUCAUCACUCGCGGUCGCCGGCGAGGACUGCGACGAAUCCACCUGGAAGCGGAUUACGCACAAGCGCGUGUUUUUGUGUCCGUCCACGCUUUUGUGUUCAUUUGCGUGCACACGUGUGGUUGUGUUUUCCCAGACAAGCGUCGGCGACAUGAACCUGGAGGCGCCCAAAGUUGACAUCAAGUCGGCCACGCGGGUCAGCGGGGGCCCCGCCACCCCCCGCAAGGGCCCCCCCAAGUUCAAGCAGAGGCAGACGCGCCAGUUCAAGAGCAAACCCCCCAAGAAAGGAGUGCAGGGGUUCGGCGACGACAUCCCGGGGAUGGAAGGAUUGGGAACCGACAUCACCGUGAUUUGCCCGUGGGAGGCCUUCAACCAUUUGGAGCUGCACGAGCUGGCCCAGUACGGAAUCAUCUGAGCCCGGCCCGUCAACACAAUAGAAGAAGAGAUUAUUCUGAUUACUUUUUUUUAAAUCCUGUUGUUGCGACACAGCGUCUGCUCUUGGUUAGGCUGUGAUCUCCUGCAUGGUUGUCAUUUGUUUCCCAGCAUGCUUUCUCAACCCCCCCCCCCCCCCAUGUCCGUCUCCUCGUUUGGCAUUUUAGAGCAAACAAACGCAGCAGCAGUUUGCGUUUGCCGGCGUCGGUGAGCCUGCAGACGAACUCGCAGUGUUUGCUACCAUCCGUGAAAAUGUGUGAAAUAAAUGCAGCUCUUUUUCCUGGACAAA